CUAUUGUACAGGAGACGACAGUGUGACAAUAGACCAGUUUUCCAACUUGUUCUGCCACAUGUGUUAAGGUCAUCAGUACUUACCAGUCUGCAUAACCAGAUGGGACAUAUGGGUAUUGAACGUACUCUUGAGCUGGUUAGGUCAAGGUUUUAUUGGCCAAAAAUGGCUUCUGAUAUUGAGACAAAGAUCAAGAACUGUGAGAGAUGUGUCAAGAGGAAAAGUCAGCCAGAGAAAGCUGCACCUCUGGUCAAUAUCCACACCAGCAGGCCAAUGGAACUGGUUUGUAUGGACUUUUUGUCUUUGGAACCGGAUAGUCAUAACACCAAAGAUAUCCUGGUCAUCACCGAUCACUUUACACGGUAUGCAGUAGCCAUUCCAACGAGAGAUCAAAAGGCCAGCACAGUUGCCAAAUGUCUAUGGGAGCAGUUCCUCAGUCACUAUGGGUUCCCAGAACGUCUCCAUAGUGAUCAGGGGCGCGAUUUUGAGUCUCGAACCAUCAAAGAGCUCUGUGUUUUGGCCGGCAUCCGUAAAGUGAGGACAAGUCCAUAUCAUCCCAGAGGAAAUCCAGUGGAGCGAUUUAAUCGCACAUUACUGAGCAUGCUGGGAACCUUGCAGGAAAAGGAGAAGACAAAGUGGCGUGAGCAUGUCAAACCACUCACUCAUGCAUACAAUUGCACGAGAAACGAUGCCACAGGGUUUUCACCUUAUGAAUUGAUGUUUGGGCGGCAGCCCAGAUUACCCAUAGACAUCGCAUUUGGGUUACCAGUCAAAGACAGUUCAUCUACUUCACAUUCCCAGUAUGUGAAAAAUCUCAAGUAUCAAUUGAGGGAAAGCUAUAGGCUUGCAACUAAAAAUGCGGAAAAAGUGGCUAAUAAGAACAAAAAGAGGUUUGAUGUGCGAGUAAGAGAAUCCACACUUGAGGCAGGAGACCGAGUUCUUGUGCGAAAUCUUCGACUUCGCCAAAAGCACAAACUGGCUGACCGAUGGGAGUCAAAAGUCUAUAUUGUGCAAAAGAGAGCAGGAGACUUACCCGUCUAUGUGGUGUGUCCUGAAGGUCAGGAUGGGCCAACUCGCACAUUACAUCGUGAUCUGCUCCUACCUUGUGGUUUCCUUUCUGAAGAAAAGGAAGAAGUUGUCGAGCCAAAACCCGCACGUAGACUCAGAACCAAGCAGACAUUUUCCCAACCAAGUGAACAACUUACCUGUUCAGAGGAUGAUGAUGAUAUGGAUCCUCAAUUUUACCCCAUGAAAGUUUCUGAGGUAGAGACAACACUGUUUAAAGUCAUGGAUAUGCCUAAGGAAAAUGGUGAGGCAGCUUGCAGAAGAAGCACACGGGCUGGAGCUGAAUACUUACCUGUUGAUUCUGAAACCCUACAUGGCAUUGAACAACAAAGCUUACCUGGAACCAUACCUGAUGUGUCCCCUGCUGGAAACGGUCCUAAUUCUGUGGAGAGAAGUUCCAUGUAUUUGGAGCCUGAGGAAAACUUACCUGUUGCAGUUGAACCUGAAGAGAACUUACCUUUUACAGUUGAACCUGAGGAAAGAACUGAAAAAAUGGAUGGAGAUAUGGAAACAGAGAGAGUAAAUGAGAUCAACACAUCCCAAAUGGAAAAAGAACUAUCAUUACAACAUCUAGAGGAGUACCUACAUGAGCAACUUGCAAUGGGAAGAGAGGAUUCACAAUGUCAGUCUCAGAAGAAUAGCCCUCAAACAGAUAUAACCAGUGACCCAAGUUCUACUGUUGAAACUGACAAUGACAUCAAUGAGAUAACCAGUGAACCUCCACGUAGGUCAGAACGUUCCAGAAGUGCACCUAGGAAAUUUACUUACCCUCAACUUGGCAGUCCCUUGAUUUCUUUUGCUCAGACCAUUCUAGAGGGAUUUAAUCGAGCUUUAGUUGAAACGUUUGAAAGUAAUCAUUAGAAAAAGAGAACAUGAAGGGACUCAUGUCAGUUAAGGAGGGGAGUGUGUAACCCAGUGGCAAUACAGGGUUAAAAUUACUUUAAAAUUGUAUUAAAAUAGUGUAAUAUCUCUUUAGAAAAAAAAUCUGCCAAAAUAGAUUAAUAUCCCUUUAAAAAAAAAAACAGCCAAAUAGUGUAAUAUCCCUUAGGAAGAAAUCAGCCAAUCAGGAGUGAUAGUCCUCCCCUAGCUGAACAUGAUUGACAGGACACGAGGCAAAUUGCGUGAUUCAACCAUGCGCGCGAGUAUGUGAGAGAAAGAGAGAAGACGAACACGAUUGAUGGCGAUGGGAAACGAGAGGAAAUUGACAUAUAUAAAGUUAACAGAGUGAUAAAAGUGAGUGUAUUAGCAAGCUAAAGAACCAACACAGAAGACAGAAUAAGGAGGAGCAAACGAGAGUUUUGAAAACUCCGUUUUUCACCAGUAUUUGUCUCGGUCAGGUCUUAUGAACAGAGUGAAAACUACUUCUCUAUCGAUGGCGAGCCUCCCAGUGUGAUCGUGAAGAGAUGCAGACCAACUCAUCGAACGUUUCCCCUGGUGGUAGGAAAGUAUCAGUCGCCUGAGCUGGUACCCACUUUCAUCCAAGUGCAAACUUCCUUUUAAAAGGAGGAACUGUCACAGAACUGGUGACACACUUUUGACAUCGAACUAUUGACAGGAUUGAUUAAUACAGAAAGUGAUCACAAAACAGACUUUAACAACUACAAAAGGACAAAAUCAGAGACUCAUUUAUUUUAAAGGGCCCAUUUUAUUUUUUUUAUUUUUUCCAUAUAAAUGUUAUGCAAUUGUGUUUCAACUGCUAUUUGCAAAAUUAAUGUGAGUAAAAGUUACUGGUUACU